AUGGUGAAGCACUGCUUCCAUUAUCAGCAAACUGUUACCGUUGAACACAGUUCUUACUCGUUCACCUCUCGUCGUCUUCUACAGCAACAGGGUCACGAAGUUUCUGACCUACGUGAUCUUGUUCCAUAUUCUGCUCCGUUACCCUUUGCACACCUCUCGCGUAUUGACAGCACACUCUUCUCCCCUGACUCCGUCAAUAUUCUAUUGCCACUAUCACCCUCUUCGUCACUGUCAAGCUCCCGUGCACCAUCUCUACAGCCUAUUGUGCCUAUCCCUCACCAUCUACCCCGUGUCAUGACCACCACCAUUGUCGAGGAAUUUUCUGAUGUCCCGAAGCUGGCCGCUGAUGGAUCCAAUUAUCGGAUUUGGUUGGGCCACAUCAAGCAUGCCACCAGUGGUUGCGAUGCUGAUGAGCUUCUUGAUCGUGCUGCUGACCCGAUGUCUGAUGCGGAGCUGAAGCUUAAUAAGCAGAUGCUUAACGCGAUAACUGGGAAGUUCCAUGACUCACUGUUCAAGAAGUACCUGAAUGUCGAGAAGGUACAUGAAGUCAUGACUGGCUUGAAGGUUGAAUUCGGAACUUCGACCGCUGCAUCCGAGGCCUGGACGGAGGCAAAACUUUUCUCACUUAGGUGCUCUGAUGACCGUAAGGUCCAUCAGCACUUAGAACAGCUUGCCAAGCUCAAGGAGAAGCUGUCGGAGAUGAAUGUCAAGAUCGAGGACCGUACUUACAUCAAUGUGAUUACCACAUCUAUCCCUCGUUCAUUCGCACCCACCGUCACUGCAAUCACCACCGCCGUCGACAUUUUCAAUUCGACGCUUGCGCCCGGUGCCGCUCGUAAGGUCAUCACAUCAACGGAAAUAAUUACCGCUCUUCGUGCAGAGGCUGAUUCCCGCUCGGUGUUAAAGUCUAGUGAUAAGACCGCAACAGCUGGUCGUGGCAACAGCUCAAGCAAAGGAAAUGUGCCGAAAUCAGACGAUGAUCUUACCUGCUACAAGUGUGGCAGGAAGGGGCAUCGUGCACCCGACUGCCCAUCGAAGAAGCAGUAUUAUCAGUGCUCAAAGAGAAAAUCGGAGGCUGCUGCGAGCAGCUCUGGUUCCGCUGAUACAAAGCCCAAGGCAGAUGGGAAGCCGAAGGACAAUGCAAAGGAUACUUCUGCAUCGACUGUCGCUGCACAGUCCAUCUCGUCCGCGCAUAUUGAGGAAGCCUGGAGUGCUUCCAUGGUGUUCUCUGCUCCUUUCGAGGAGAUUGUGAUUGACUGCGCUGACCUCGCAGCCCAAGAUGAAGUCCAGAUCUCGGAGACUUACCAUGCCUUCGCCGGAGUGGCCAAAUCCGGUCAUCGAGUCGACAUUUUUGACACUGGUGCAUCGCGCCACAUGACGUCGCAUCUUGAUCGGCUGUCGAACUUCCGCACCACUGUGCCACAUCGGAUUCGUGCUGCAAACUCGGAGAUCUUCCACUCGCAUGGUGUGGGUGACCUGCUAAUGCAUCUUCCUGCCAUAAAUGGUGGCAGGCAUAUUCGGCUAAAAGGGGUUCUGCACGCACCUGCUAUGCACGCCACACUUAUCUCAUUAGGCCUUCUUGAUGAGGCCAGGUUUGCCUGGCUAGGCCAUGAAGGCACAUUGACGAUUUCAAACAGGGAAAAUGAUGUCAUUGCGAGCAUUCCACGCGAGGACAAUCUUUAUCGCAUUUUUUAUGACUCUACAUCCCUGGCGUCAGCUGUCGAGUUAUCGCUUUUCGAAAUUCAUAAGUGGCUCGGCCAUGUCAACUAUGCAUACCUCAAAGCCAUGCUUCAUCAUGAUCGCAUCGCUGACAUCACUCUUGAUCCUCAACGUGCCGAUGAGACCGAAUGUAGGACAUGCCUUGUUGCAAAGGCACACCGCGCCCCCAUUGCCGCGGUACGUCAAUCACCGUUGGCAGAGAAGUUCAGCGAACAUCUUCAUAUGGAUGUGUGGGGGCCCGCGUCAGUGUUUACCAUUGAUCGCUGCAAGUAUUGUCUUACCCUCAUAGACGAUGCGACUCGCUGGCUCGAAAUGCCGCUUAUGCACGUGAAAUCUGAAGCAUUUGGAAAAUAUGUCAGUUUCGAAGCGCGCCUGCACACACAGCACGGUGUGCGCACCAAGAUCCUGCAAUCUGAUCGUGGCGGCGAGUUCCUGUCUGCCAAUAUGGAUGCGCAUCUUGAGCAUGUCGGUACUGUUCGAAAGUUGACUGUUCAUGAUACACCAGAACAUAACAGUGUAGCAGAAUGCACACACCUAACCGUUUUUGAUGGUGUGUGCGCCGCGCUUGCUGGGUCCGGUCUUCCGAAGUGGCUAUGGGGUGAAGCUCUUGCUUACAUUGUUUAUGUCCAUAACCGCACGGCUCGCCGCACACUGCAGGGAAAAUCCCCUUUUGAAGUCCGUUUUGGCCGCACUCCGGAUGUCUCAAAUCUGCAUGAAUGGGGGUCAGUUGUGUUUGUCAAGGUAGAUACAAACUCGAAGCUCGAUGCGCGCAGCCGCGAAGUGCACUGGAUCGGUCCCGAUUCUACCUCGAAUGGAUGCCACAUUUAUUGGCCCAAGGAGAAAAAGAUUUCUGUUGAGAGAAAUGUCAUUUUCAGCACAGACUCUCCACGUGUCGAGAAGGAGCACGAUAUCGAUAUAGGACCUACCAUUCAAGUUUCCGACACUGUUCCACGUCCUUCUAAACGACCUCGGCCUGAUUCUGAACCUGGAAAAUCCCCGUCACUCGAACCCAGCGAAAUUCACAAGCCUGUUGAUCCUGAUAUUGUCGCGGGCAAGCGUGAGCAAAAGCCGAGUGCGAAAUUGUGCAAAAUUGCUUCUGGCUGA